AUGCAAUGCAACACUUGUAACGAAAUCGGACACCUUGAAUCAAACCUCGAUAAAAUUAUUGAAAUCAGAGAAAAAAGAAAAAGAAUUAAGCAAUCUAAGAAAUAAUAAUAAUAAUUAAGCGAUGUGUAUUUUAAGGUCCCUGCUUCCAUGCGUGGCAUUCCUCCGCGCUCCUUAAGAGGCCGUGCCGGCACGAGCGAAAAGGAUGGACUUCCAUCACUGGUUCUCUGAGCCCAGGCCGAAACCCCUGGUUUCUCGGUAGUGGGGUUGCCCUAUUGGGUCGUCGCCGACCGUCGCCGGGCACCACCAUUUCCAACUCAGCCUUCCGCCCCGAAUUACGCCAUUCUUUGCCUCCGGUUGGGCAGAUCGCCCCGUUUAAUUUGGGGCCCUUUUGACUGGAGAGACCGCCUCCUUGGUCGUCUAAUCUGCCUCCCCUUUUCCCAGCUUAUCCGCUUGAGAAAAAUCCUCAAUCGCUUCCGCGAUUCGGGGCAGAUCACAGUAGCAGCUUGAGCAGGUAAGUCGCCCUGCUCCAUUUCGGGCACCCACUGGCUUGGGCGCUGCUGGAAAAAGAAGAUGCUCCUAACUGCCCUAGGAUCUGGACACGAUCAGCAGGUCUGUGUUUGUCCACGGUCGCCACCAGGGUCCAGAUAUUGCUGGGCUAAGUCGCUUCUUCAGAAAACCAUGCCCGGAUAUACAUGGGUUACCGUCACUGAGAGGACGGGUCGGUCGCCAUACGCCAUUUUAUGUAUAUAAGCAAUCUAAGAAAAUCAAGAAAGGUUCAAGAAAUUUAAAUUUAAUCGAUCAAAAAUACUUAGUAUCUGAUAAUAAACAUGAAAAAAACUUAAAAACACGCAAGAUCUCAACAAUUAAGCCACCCAAAAAAAGCAUUCAUCCUCCUGUUAAAAAUCAGAAUAAUGAACCAGUUAAUGCCUACAACUAUGAUAUCAAGACAUAUAUUCCUCUAAAGAAGAGCAUCAUAAAGCCGAUAGAAAUCAUAGGAAGAACUAUUCUAAAAGAAAACCACAAAAAUACAAUCAAAAAAAUUUUUAUAAUUAAAUUGAAAGUUUAUUAA